CUGCUCUAGGACGGCUGGAGGAGCGGGUAGGAAGUGGGGAGGGGGCUGCCACCUGUCCCAGCCCCUCCCUGGCUGCCCGUUUUUCCCUGGGGGCAUUGCGCCCAGGAGAUGAGAGCAGCCCAGAGGGCAAGGGAGAAGUCCUGUGAGGACGAGAGCAGCCCAGAGGAGAGGGAAGCCUCCGGGGAGUGAAAGCUUGCCUGGUCUGUCUUCCCUUCCUACUCCAGCCUGGGUCCUUCCCCACCACGCCCCUAGCGACGGGGGCAGCAGCGCCUACCCAAGCCCAGAAAGGGUUAAGGCAGCAGCCGCGGAGGGAGGCUUGGACUGACGUUGCUCUGGCUGAAGGUAGUUCCCCUCUGAUGAGGAUGGGAGAGCCCAGCGCUCGCUGAAACCCGAGCUCCCUCCUAGCCAAGGCUUGCUGAGGUCCCAGGCAAAAUCCAGUCUCCCGCCUGCCUCCCUGCCUGGAGCCGGAGCCCCAGCCGUCCCCCGGCGCGCUGGGAAGGAUGGAGCUCGCCUUGUGGACCCAAGUGGGGCUCACUUUCGUGCAGUUUCUUCUCAUCUCCUCCUUGCCAAGAGGUACUAAUACACAGUGAUCAAUGAAGCCUGUCCUGGGGCUGAAUGGAAUAUCAUGUGCAGGGAGUGCUGUGAAUAUGACCAGAUUGAGUGUGUAUGCCCAGGGAAGAAAGAAGUGGUUGGCUAUACCAUCCCUUGCUGCCGGAAUGAGGAGAAUGAGUGUGACUCCUGUCUGAUUCACCCAGGUUGCACCAUCUUUGAGAACUGCAAGAGCUGCCGCAAUGGCUCCUGGGGGGGCUCUCUAGACGACUUCUAUGUGAAGGGAUUCUACUGCGCUGAAUGUCGAGGGGGCUGGUAUGGAGGGGAUUGCAUGAGGUGUGGUCAAGUCCUGCGGGUCCCCAAAGGACAGAUUCUACUAGAAAGUUAUCCCCUGAAUGCUCACUGUGAGUGGACCAUUCACGCCAAGCCUGGAUUCAUUAUCCAACUAAGGUUUGUUAUGUUAAGCCUGGAGUUUGACUACAUGUGCCAAUAUGACUAUGUUGAGGUCCGGGAUGGGGACAACAGUGACAGCAGGAUAAUCAAACGCUUCUGUGGGAAUGAGCGGCCGGCCCCCAUCCAGAGCACAGGGCCCUCCCUCCACAUCCUCUUCCAGUCAGACGGCUCUAAGAACUUUGAUGGGUUCCAUGCCAUCUUUGAAGAGAUCACAGCUUGCUCUUCAUCUCCGUGUUUCCAUGAUGGCACAUGCCUCCUUGACAAAGCUGGAUCUUAUCGGUGUGCCUGCCUGGCAGGUUACACUGGGAAACACUGUGAAAGUCUGGUGACGUGUAGGACUCCAGGUGUUCCUGCCCAUGGGAUGGUGAAAGGAAGUGAUCUUAGAUAUGGGGCCCAGGUUUAUUUCCGGUGCCUCCCAGGGUACAGUUUAAAAGGCAGUCGGGUCGCCUUUUGUCAGCUUGAUGGAAGCUGGACCACACAUGACCCAGCCUGUGUGCUGGAAGAAAAAAACUGUUCUGACCCAGGAGGUCCAGUCAAUGGCUACAGGAGGACCUCAGAAGGCCGUGGGCUCAUAAAUGGGCGCUAUGCCAAAAUAGGCACUAUUGUGUCCUUCUUUUGCAACCACUCAUAUGUUCUAAGUGGAAAUGAACAAAGAACUUGCCAACCAGAUGGAGAAUGGUCAGGGAAACAGCCAAUGUGUAUUAAAGCCUGCAAAGAACCAAAGGUUUCUGACCUAGUGAGACAGAGAGUCCUGCCCAUGCAAGUCCAGUCAAGGGAGACACCUUUACACCAGCUCUAUUCUUCAACAUUCAGCAAGCAGAAGCUGGACAGCUACCCAACGAAGAAGCCAGCCUUUCCAUUUGGGGAGCUGCCCCAUGGAUAUGUGCAUUUACACACUCAAAUCCAGUAUGAGUGCAUCUCACCCUUCUACCGACGCCUGGGGAGCAGCCGGAGGACCUGCUUAAAGACUGGGAAGUGGAGCGGGCGGGCACCCUCCUGUAUUCCAAUCUGUGGAAAGAUUGAGAACAUGACAGCUCCAAAAACACCCGGGACCCGUUGGCCAUGGCAAGCAGCCAUCUACAGGAGGACCCAUGGGUUACAAGACAGCAGCCUCCACAAGGACACAUGGUUCCUGAUCUGCAGUGGAGCCCUGGUGAAUGAGAGGACCGUCGUGGUGGCUGCGCAUUGCGUCACCGACCUGGGCAAGAGCAUCGUGAUCAAGACAGCUGAGCUCAAAGUGGUCCUGGGCAAGUUCUACCGAGAUGAUGACCGAGACGAGAAGACCAUUCAGAGUUUACGGAUCUCUGCCAUCAUCGUGCAUCCCAACUAUGACCCUAUCCUGCUUGACUCUGACAUUGCCGUUGUAAAACUCCUGGACAAAGCUCGCAUUAGUAGCAGGGUACAGCCCAUCUGCCUGGCGGCACUCCGGGACUUCAGCCCCUCUAAUGAAGACACCCAGAUCACAAUCACAGGCUGGAAAAUUCUGGCCGAUGUGAGGGCCCCUGGUUUUAAGAAUGACUCCCUCCGCUCAGGGGUCGUGAAGGUGGUAGACUCUCUACUGUGUGAGCAACAGUAUGAGGACCAUGGAAUCCAAGUCAGCAUCACAGACAACAUGUUCUGUGCCCAGCAGGACCCUGCGGCUCCCUCCAAUAUCUGCCCUGCUGAGACAGGCGGCAUUGCAGCUGUGUCUCUGCCAGGGAAAGCUUCCCCUGAACCUAGCUGGCACCUGAUAGGGCUGGUGAGCUGGGGUUAUGACAAGACCUGCAGUCUCAACCUCUUCACUGCCUAUACUAAGGUGCUGCCCUUCAAAGACUGGAUUGAGAAAAAUAUGAAAUAAGGUCCGUUCCUGUAAAAAUAGCUUAUACUGUGUAUAUUAAAAAGUGUGUGCAUGCAUGUGUUUGUGUGUGAGAGAGCAUCAGAGAGACAGAGAGAGAGAAAAAGAGAGAGACAGAGAGACAGAGAGGCAGAGAGACAGAGAGAGAGAGAGAGAGAGAGAGAGAGAGAGAGAGAGAGAGAGAGAGAGAGAGAGAGAGAGAGAGAGAGAGAGAGAGAGUAUCCGGGGAGAGGGUGUUGUUUUGAAGAGUUUCUCUCCUUUACUCAUAAACCCGGCUGUGCCUGGCAUCCUAGCACUAACAACAAGCUCCAGCCGAGGUUUAGCAGAGGCAGCGACACCUACAAACUUCCUUUAUUAUGAAUGGAUUGAACUGAAUAUUUGGAAAGCCCUCUUGGUAUGUCUGCCCUGGGCUACAACCUAUAGUUAGAUGGGCAGCCCAUUGAGCUGGUCUUUCAGGUCCUAUGUUUUAGAUGAGCCUCGUGUUUAGACUAUGGGUUAAACUCACGAUGGAAAGGAAGGAAUGAGCAAGCUGGGUUGCAUCUGGGAAAUGGUACAGCACUUUUGAUGACAGCCUUCUCUUUGACUAACAAGCACACUUUUUAAAUACUAGGACUGUGAAUCAUGGAAGACUGAAGUCUCUGAAGUAUUGAAAUUAUGGGUGAUUCAAAGGCAAAUGGAAAAAGUGGGAAAAUGGGAAAUUUUGGAAAAAUGGAAAAAGUUGGCAGGAAUGUUAUCCAAGAAAUAUAGGAUCAGGGAAAGAGAGGGAGCAGCUAUGAGAAUGGGGGAUGAGUCGGACUGCCUGAGGACCAUAUUGGUGCUCAUGGAAUUUUGAAAGACAUAAGGGAAGGCCUUCAAUACACUAGAAAGAUCCUCCAAGGUGGACUGAUGGAUGAGACAAGACAAGAGUGUGGGGCAUAGACAAGACAGGAAAAGAGUAACAUAGCCUGAGUGGGUGUUGGGUGGGUUGUCAUCUGGAUCCUUGGAGGUAGUGGCCAUGUUGAUAAGACUACAGCUCUAUUCAGGUAUCCCAUAUUGAAAUCUCAUGGACAACUUGUGUUUAUAUGAGCUUCAUUAUUUCAAAGGAUAUUUGAUAUUAGGGAAGCCGGUGUUUCGAUGGGUAGAGCACCAGCCCUGGAUUCAGGAGGACCUGAGUUCAAAUCCAGCCUCAGUCACUUGACACUUAUUAGCUGUGUGACCCUGGUCAAGUCACUUAACCCCAAUUGCCUCACUAAAAAAAAAAAGGAUAUUGGAUCUCUUUGCCCACCAAUCAACAAGCUUUUAUUAAGUGCCUAUUAUGUGCCAGGCACUGUGGUAGGUAUUGGGAAUACGAAGAAAGGCAAAAUUAGCACCAACCCUCAAGGAGAUUACAUUCUAACUUUCUGUCAUAUCUUCUUGUCAUAUGCAACAUCAUUAUGGUUUCUUAUAAGUCCUUCAAAGGGGGUGCAACCAGUUUGCAUAAAGGGGCAAAGAAAAGAAUAACAAAUCCAACAGGAAAUCAUCAUGGUGGACUUUCCCAUCUUAGGGGCUGGAUGCUGGGCUUUGGUUCUGCCAUGCCCAGGCCAGAAGUCCAGCAUGACCUGCACUGAGCUCACAAUGGACAUCAAGGGAAGACAGAUGUGGGCUGAGCCUCCUUCUAGGGUAUUUACCAAAACCUCGAGUUCCCCAGAGCAAUUUGGGAAAGAGAACCCCUUGUACAAUUUCUGGUCCUGGUGCAUGCUUUCAUGUGUAUUGGCACCGUAUGACGUAUUCCUUCUCCUUCCUGAGCUGCUGUAAACACCUUAAUAAAAUGAGGGUUAGCCUUUGAACCCACCAAUCCGAUAUAUCUCAAGUAUUGAUUCAACAUUCUGGUUCCCCUCUUUGGAAUAUACCAGUGCUAAUUAGUGUAUCAUACUUUAUGGCAACCUCAAAAAACUAUUCUUUGCUUCAGGUCAAUUCAAUACUAUUUAGGAUCAGUGAUUUAGAGCUAGCAGAGACCUAAAAGUCAGUGAGUCCAACCCCCUUAUUUUACAGAUGAGGAAACUGAGGGCCAAAGAUGUUUGUAGGAUGAUCGAUUUAGAGCCGGAAGGAACCUUAGAGGUCUUCUGGUCCGAGCUUUUUAUCUUACAGAUAAAGAAUGUGGGGCCCAAAGAGGUAUAGUGAUGACAUAUAUAGGAAAUAGAACUGGAAAGCCGUUCUGAUUCCAAAUCUAACCCUGUCUCAUUGUCCCUUUUUUCAUCACAUUAGCCUAAGCUGGUAGCCCCGGCAUGAACUCACAAGUCCCUUGGAGCUUCAGUGUAUGUUGACUUUACUACUUUUGUAGAAGAAUGGUUCAAUGGGAAAAGUGCUGAUUCUGAGCUCAGAGGACCUGGGUUCGAAUAUUAUGAUAUUCAUUCACAUCCAAGUCAUCACAACUUCCUGGGGCCUCAAUUUCUUUAACUAAAAAAUGAAGGGGUUGGAUUAAAUGACCUGGGAGGUCCCUUCCUGAUCUAAAUUUAUGGUCCCUUGAUUAUCCUCAGAUGAGACGACUCCAUUUUCCAAACGUCCCACCUUGAACCUCAAUUACUCAGAAUUCACCAUAGUUCACUAUACGAUUCAACAUUCACAAAGCUCUUCAAGGUUUGCCAAGUGCUUUUCUCACAACAGUUCACCAGAUAGCAGCUCCUCUCAUCCCUCUGCUUCAACAUUUACUCACACAGAUUCCACCAGGUCCUCCCCUUCCGUACAUUGCCCCCUAAGAAACCCUGGGAUUUGCCAUUUGCACCAUAGCCAAACUCUCCUUUGUGUCUUGUCUCCUCCAGUUUGUGUGAGCUUUUUGAGAUCAGGAACCAUCUGACUUUUCUAUGCAUAGCCUUAAUGUAUGGCACCAUGAUAAAGAUUUAAUAAACAUUUUUCCAUCCCAUACCAUAUAAAUGGAGCAGACUAAACUCUGGGUUAGGAACAAAUUGGAUGACCCAGGAUAGAUCUGAAUUCCCAGGUUAAGUCACUGGCUCAAGGUUACACAAUAAGUAAUUGUCACCAUCUUAAACGGAAAUCCUUGGACUCCAAGCCCAGUACAUUUUUCACUGCCCCAACUUUUUUAGCAAGGGAAUAGCAAGAUGCAAGUGGUACUUUUAGAGGUUAAUCAAGAACAAUAUGCAAGAGGGUUCAGAGAGGAACUAGAGGCAGGGAAGUCAGUGAGAAGACUAUGGUAAUGGUCUUGGAUCCCAAUGGAGUGCUUUGGGUGGAGUUGGAAGAUAUAGACUCACAUCCCACCUCCAAAUGACGAGUCAUGUUAACUAACGUUUCUGAGCCUGUUUUCUCAUCUUUAAAAUGAGGAUAAUAGCACCACUUCUUCUCAGCACUGUUGUGAAGAGAGAUUUGUAACCUUAAAGCACUGUAUGAAAGUGAAAUAUUGUUAUACAAAUAUAUUGUUAUGAUCACUACUAUUAUUUGUAGAAUCUUAAACUUUGUCUUGGCUGUCAUGACAUUAGGCAUCUUCUUAACUCUGGAUCUAAUACCACUCUUCAGUCAAAGAUUCAAGAAUCAAAGAAACAGAAGUAGAAGGGACCUUGGAGCCCAAGGUCCAACUCAUUCCUGAACCAGAA